CGACGCCGUGGCAGGUGAAGUUUCGAGAAAAAGCAGGAGGGCAAGUGGAGGUAAACGAUGACGACCGCUGCGCAGAUUCCGACGAGCUUCGGCCAUGAACUUCGAGCAUGUCUUCGUUGCCGCCUCGUCAAAACCUACGAUCAGUUUCGAGAAUCAGGGUGUGAGAACUGCCCUUUCUUUAAGAUGGAUGAGGAUCAUGAGCGUGUCGCUGAUUGUACUACACCUAAUUUUACUGGUAUCAUCUCAGUAAUGGAUCCUGCCAGAAGUUGGGCUGCUAGGUGGCUUCGAAUUGGCAGAUACGUUCCUGGCUGCUACACACUGGCGGUCUCAGAAGCACUGCCGGAGGAUCUGCAGUCUAUUUGUGAAGAAGAGCGGGUGCAAUAUAUUCCACCAAAACGCGUAUGACGUAUAUAUGCACAUGGAUGUAAGCUGACUUGAUUAGUUGUAAUUUUCUGGUACGAAAACUCAGACCCACUUCCCUGUAGGGGACAUAACAUUCUGCUGUACUGUGAGCUUUUGCUUUUGAGGGUACCCUGUUCUUUUAUAUGAAAAUUUCAUUGGGUCGAGUUUAAACCUUCCUUAAUUUGAUAUUCAGGUUUGGUCUUGC